AUCCGUAAUGUACGUGUCAAGAUGGCCGAUACCGUAGUAACUAUCGUGCUUAAAAAUAAUAUGGACCCAUUAAAAAGUCACUAGUUUUAAUUGUAGAGUUCAUAAAACAGUGUAAUCUAAAAAUACACCGGAUUAUAGUGUGGGAAUACAACUAAGUUGUCAAAGAAAAAGUGUUUUCAACGUAGAAUAAAAGUUUUAGUUCUCGUUUUAGUGUUGGAAAUUGUGUAUAUUAAUUAAUUUGUUCUUUUUCGCAACCAAUUGGAUUCUGUUUGGAGUUAUUGGUCUGGUUUUUAGAGACACUGCAGUUGGAGGCAGUUUCAAGAUUAUAUGAGGGAUCGAACCCGCAGCCAUUGGAAAGCGACGGAGUGUUAAACCGCUACACCACCGAGAUAUCACCGCUAAACUGGAUCAUUGAACAUUCACCAUGGACUCAGAGAGCCGAAGCGAGUCGGCUCUGAACAGUCCGACUGAGCCCGAUGUGUCUCUCGCGGCUUCUCUCACUGACCCGCUGGAGGCUCACACCCUGGACGAGGCGAGGAGAACCAUAAGAGAUCUCCGUAUGAAAUACCGAGCGCAAGCGCAUCAACUGUUAACAUGGCGUCGAGCGCAUCGUACUCAAGAGGAGCUCGUCUGUCGUCUGCAACGAGAGAAAGCCGAGCAACUGAAAUCCCUAUCGAGUCAACUUUUACUCUUCGAGUCCCGACUCGUUCGCAAGCAGAAAGAGAUCACAAACAUGUUAGCUUUAAGAGAAACAAUCAUUAUGAAGCAACAGAAAGUGAUUGAAUCGCUCCAAGCCAAGCUUCUCGAUAAUGGUAUCGAUACUUCACAAACAAUUCCAGAUUUUAGAGAACUGCUCCAAGAUACUCAUAUAACUGGCGAUUUCGAUUCUUUAAAUGAUUCUGACUCGGCUGUUAUUAUGGAAGAUGUAGACUCAGAUUGCAGCAACCUACCCCACAUACCAAGAUUUAGGUCUACCAACCCUGAUAGUGUGACAAUAGUUAGAUCGAUAUCCGAUGCUAUAGAUCCAAAUUUAAAAUACAAUAUUGUCAGACGAUCAAAUGGUUUCCUGCGCAGACCAGAAAUCUUGGAAACUGUAUACAGCGUAGAAGAAGAGGCUGAUGGUGAUUCUACUAAGGGGCUAAGUGCGCAAAGUAGCACAGAAAAAGACAUAAAAGACGCUAAUAAAACCGAUGAGGAAAAAUACAAAGAAACUAGUCUUCUUGCUCAAAGGCGGGAUAACUUUCGAAUGAGAAGUGUUGUUUUAACAGCCGAAGUUAAAAGUAUAGAUAGUGAUAAAGAUCUUAAAGCUAAGACUGGCAAAGAAAUGUGGUCGUACAGUUAUGUGCCAAAAAGGAUGACUCCUGCCAACGAUUCAGAUGAAGAGGUUACUUCGAAUGCCGAAAGUGAUGAGGGCGAACCGGAGCCACGAUCUAAUCAUGUGGUGACAUACAAUAGAGUUAUGUCCAAUCAUCGAAAUGUCACAAAGCCUAAAGAUGUCAAAUAUAAAAGAAUAAAUAAAGCUAAAUCGAAAAGUUUAGAAGAGUUGAGGGGUAGAUUAAAGAACUGGGUGGAAAAGGGGAAUAAGUUGUCAAACAUACCAUUGGAGCACGCUCAAAGCUAUGCCUGAACGAUUUUAAUAAAGUUCCUUUAAUUAAGUUCCCGUGUGAAAUUUCAGGAUGUCGGAAAGUUUACGGCGUCCCAGUUGUGUUCGACGGAGCGAGAAAUUUGCUGUUAUUUGUUUCCAAAACAGCUUCGAUCAACCACAAUUUAAGGAUCACCGUAUUGUGUUUGUUAAAGCCACACGUAUUUAGGAUUUAAUUAUAUGAGCGUGGAGCUUUAUUAUGCUGAGAAUUCGACUGUGAUUAAGUCGGCGACGGUUUUGAAAUGAAAAUGUAAUGUAUCCGUAUAAAAUCUUAGCAAAAUAAAGUCUAUUUUUAAAAUAUUGAAACAAUUAAGUACCUUUAAGUAAAUAGGGUUGUACCUAACAGCUUUACUGAAUGAGGCAAAUUAUUAUUGAUACUCUAUUCUUGAUACUUGGACUAUUGUAAAUAAAUUUCUUAUAUGUAUUAAUAUAUAUUUGCAACAUAAAUCUAGAGUAAAUUGUAGAUUUUUAAUUAACACUGUCAUCACAAUUUUCUAUUGAAAUAUUUUAUUAAUUAGUUUUUUUAUGGCGCAUAAAAUUAAAUUUUCAUUAUUUGAAACAUAAUGCAAAGUUUACUUUUUCGUAAAUAUUUCGCGCGUGAAGUCGUAUAACUUAAUCUUCUAUAAUUGUUUCACAUACAAUUUCAAUGGAAAAUGGUGAAGAAGCUUUGGAAAUAACAAAUUUUUGCACACGACUGAUUUUACGUAUUUCAUUUACUAAAUAUAAGAAGAUUGAUUGAAAAACGUGAGUCGCUUUGUUGGAAUUGAAAAUGUUGUUCUGUGAUUUAGAAAAAAAAAAAUCUCAACAUGUAUGUAUGUUUAUUCUUUACUUGUUAUUCGAUAAUACAUUGCAGCUGUAAAAAUUUUGCUAGUGUUUAAUGUUUAAAGAUUUAUGCAAAACUAAAUAAUUGUUUAGGGGAAUGUUUAUAAGUAUUGUAUUCGUCUCGGUGCCAAUUAUUAAACUAAUAUGUUUUUCAAGUAAGAAGUAGAUUUAUCACUUUGUAUGUGGGACGUUGAAUGGAUUAAAUAGAUAGAGUUUAAUCAGAUUUAAACGAGUACUUAUUUUUAAAACAACUAAAAAUGUGUUCAAUGAAAGAGGACUAAAUAUUAUUUAGAAGUAAAUCCUAUUCUGUUAACAUUUUUGUUGUAUUUUUGUUAUUUUUAAACUUAUCACUAUAAACCCUAAAUACUCGUUUUAAAUUUAAUUUACAUAUUUGACAUUAUAACAAGUGUUAAGAAGAAAUAUAUGGUCGUAACCUCAGAUGGAAUAGAGGCUAGAUCAUAUUCCUCUAGAUAGAGGAUUCGUAUAAAAAACGCUAAUCCAAAACGAAACCAACAUUUUUAUUCUUGUGUAUUGUGAACAGUGAUACCAGAAUUUAUAGUCAAUACUCAGUAAGUCUGAGAAAUAUGUACUAUAAGGUUAUGGGUAACAUUAAAAAUAACACAAUAUUAAAAAGUCAAUAUUUGAGAAUAAAAUUACUAUUCUGACAAUGAAUAGAAAAUUGUCUAUUUAUUGUCAGAAUCAUAGAGUGGUCGACAUUUUGAUUAUCCAUAUAUAUUCAAUGUACAUUAUGUAUAAUUACGCCAGAAAAAAAAAAUCAUAUUCAAUUAUAGUUAAUUCGUAUUGAAAAAUUCUUUCGAUCCGGAAAUUUUUAUCAAAAAUAGUUAUCAAUUUUAUUUUAGUAUUGAAAAACCUAUGUGAUCUGGGGAUUUUUUAAUCGAAUUUGAACCUGAAACACUGAAUAAAUGCGCGUUUUUUUUAUUACAAAACAUGCGGCUGUCAAAAUUUUCCGUUGAUUGGUCAUUCGUUGGGAGCGCUUUGGAGCGUUUUUGAUGCUAUAUCUAGAUGUAUAAUGAUAUUCAUGAUCUAUGUUUUUUUUAAUUAUUGAGAAGCAUUAGUUGAUUACUAUGUUAAACUACAUUAAAACCAUAUUACUUAAUACAUAUUAUAGUUUCGGUGACUUCUUGCAGAAUGUAGACCACCUUUACGUUACUUUUUUAAUAAGAGAGUAUAUAAUUUAAAAAAAAAUAUUCUCUUUUGGUAAUUUGUAUAUUUUAUAAAUAAUUAUUAGCAAAUUUUUAAAUUCAAAUUAUAUCGAAUACAUAAGUGGUUUAUAUGAAUAAAUAAGUAAAUUACAGUAAGGGUUUACUAAAGUCUCAAUAGGAAAUAUAAUUAAUGAUUCUAUUCCACGACUUCAAUUGAGAAAAAAAGUUAUUUUGAUUAAAAACUAAACCUUCUUCUUCUUCUUCUUUUCAUUUAAGAGUUUCCUCUUGUCGGUGCAACUAAUUCAUGCAUCUUCUUCCAGCCAGUUCUAUCCCAGGCCAUAUCCUUGACCUCCCCAUACGACAUGACACCUAGUGUUUCUUUUAUCUGUCCCAUGUCACAUGUUUCUAUACCACUGAACCGAUUUUAAUAAAAUUUCUAUGGGACCAAUGUGUAAGUAUAUCCUUUCAGAUAAAAAAAAAUCCAAAUCGGUUUAGAACUAACAGAGUUAUGAGGUCACAAAAAUAAAGUAAAAAACAACAGAAUUAAGAACCUUUUUCUCUUUUUGAAGUCGUUGGAAAAAGAAACAAAAAAUAUUUAAAUAAGUAUACAUAUUUCUAAUGUACUACUUUUAUUUAAACAGUGAAAUAUGUUUGUUCUAAAGAUUAUUAUUUUUUCAUUUUAUUUUAUUUAUUCUUUAUUGAACA